AUGGAGGCGGGCGACAUGGACCUGGGGCGUUUUUUGCAGUCGGAGCCCGGGCUCUGCCUGACCCAGAUCCAGGAUCUCUGGCGUCAGAUGCUGCUGGCUGUGCAGGUUGUGCACAGCGAGCGCAUCGUGCACUCGGACCUGAAGCCCGGCAACUUCUUGCUCGUUCAGGACAAGCUUAAAGUUAUCGACUUCGGCAUUGCGAAGCGCAUCUCGAACGACACCACCAACAUCAGCCGCGACGCUUCCGUCGGUACUCUGAGCUACAUGGCGCCGGAGGCUGUGAGGCAGGGCCAGCUGAAACUCGGCAGGGCUUCUGAUAUCUGGUCGUUGGGCAUUAUCCUUUACCAGAUGGUCUACGAGCACCCCCCCUUCGCGGAGCUGGAGCCCAUGCAGCGGCUCCUGCGGCUAAGCGACCCGUGCCUGAGGAUCCAGUUUCCCCCCGGGCAUCGUCUCGAGGGCCACUCGGACGUUGUGAAGGCGCAGCUGCAAGAGGUGCUCGAGGGGUGCCUGCAGCGAGACCCCGCGCGGAGGCCCUCGCUGCCCGAGCUGCUGGAGCACCCCUUCCUGCGGACCUCCCUGACGGUGCCGCGCGGCGCCGUGCGCAGCUCCGUGGAGGCGCUCAUGGCCGGGGUCCUCCAGGCGGCGGGCGCCGCGCUGAAGGCGGCGGACGUUCCCCUCCAGGACGAGGACUGGCAGCUGCUGGCAGACGAG